CAAUGAUUUGUUGUCAAAAUUGUUUUGUUUUAAAGCAGAUGCAAGUUCACCGUUGAUGAUGCCUCUUAAUUGGUACUUACUGAACAUGACCGGGUCCUUGACCAAAACCAACACCUAUGUCCGAAAGUACACGGAAGGAUCGGAGCGCAGUGGCGUGAUCAGCACUACACCCAAAGCUCCGAAAAACAGAGGAGCUUCGUUCAAGAUUACAGAAUUGGACAGAAUAUCUGCUGCCUCCGUUUCAUCGCGUAAGAGCAAUCGCUCUGGUGGCGACACAAAAGUGGCCAAGAAUUCGCCAACAAUCGAAGCAGGACCUUUGAAAAUUAAGUUAAAACCCAAAAAAGAGCCAGUCGUCCAGGAUUCUCCACAAAUGCGGCAGUUCUUCGACGAGGUGCGACAGCGGGAGCUCAAGGACUACUACCGUCAAAUGAGGGCUGCUGAAAGGGAUCCAAAGGAGACUUUGGAGUGUCCACAUUGUGGUUUGCCAAAGCGUGGAAAAGGGGAUCUCACUGCGAACAUUUACUGCAGGGGAGAUGAGAGCUUGAAGGGAAAAAUGGUUGAGGAUUGCGAUGGGUUGAGGGACCUCACUUGGUUGUGGAACUCCUCCACGGCUUACUCCCACUUAGCACUGAGUUGUGAAUGCGGUGGAGGUGGCUCCACUACCUAGUAAUCUAUUAUAAUUCUUUAUUCAGGCAUUAUUAUGUUAUAUAACCUAUAUGUUAUAC